AUGAAGUCUGCUGCGAUCGUGUCAGCGGUGCUGCUAAUCGCCGGUGUUACCGCGGAUACCACGUCGACCACAUACCCAGGACGCUGUGAGACGACUAAAGACUGCUCAACCUACGGCUCCAACUACGCCUGUGUAUCAGUCGAUACGAGCGUUGCCGGAUUAGAGCAGCUGAGCAUGUGCAUCCCAGGCUCACAAGUGUGCAGCGGCCGCAUUGCCGGGCUCUGUCCGACUUUCACUUCCUGGCCGUCCAAGUAUCGCGUCAUUCAGCCGAUCUGCGCCUUUGUAGAGGUCGAUAACUGCGACCAGCAGUUCAACGUGACGGUGACGAGUAGCGCUGGCAGCAAUGGCACUGUAGACGAUAACAACGACGUCACCAUCAGCAGCAGCAGCGGCAAUGGCACGGGCACGGUGCAGUGCUACCAGCGCAACUUCACUGUCAACGACGAAUACGUCGUAGUGAACGGUAUUUAUCAAUGCCUUGAUAAGGCCAAGUACGUCGCCAACAAUGGUGGCUACAUCAAGAACAUCACUGACACAGUAGUGGAGCAGUGUGGGUGGAACACGACAAGCCAGACGCUUUGCAGCGGCCACGGCACUUGCUCACCGCUCGUGGACUUCGCUCAGGACUAUGAGUGCAAGUGCAACGCUGGCUACAACUCGUCCGACUACUGCAACGCUAUCACGUCCAACGAAUGCAGCAGCGUCUCGCAGUGCGGAACGGAGGGAACGUGCGACUUCGAUGAAGGCACCUCUAAUGGUGAGUGCAUGUGUUCGGCAGGAGCCAAGGGCAAUCAGUGCACGCAGUGUGAUGCUUCGGCAAGUUCUGAUGUUGUAUGCAGCGGACACGGCACAUGCGGCUCAGACGGAGUAUGCACGUGUUCUUCGGACUACAACGGCACCUUCUGCAGCGACUCGACUGGAACCACAGGCUCCUCCACUUCUCCGUCAGCAGCGACGUCUGUGAAGGUGGCAAUUAGCACCAUCAUUGCAACUCUGCUAAUGGCAGCUUUUGCCUAGAAAUUCUUACAUGGACGACAAUGCAUUGAAAUGAAUUGCUUUACCUGAUCACUACACUUUGGUUGCUACCCAAAACGGGUACAGCACCUGGUGGUUGGUGCUUCGUUCCUACUUUAUUUUGCC